AUGUCGACAUUGCUUGAUCAGAAAGAACAAAUAAUUAAUGCGAUCAUUAAUGAAAAGAACGCAAUUGCAGUAGAACGUAAUUCUUUAGAGCAACAAAUGAACAAUUUAAAGCAACGAUGCUAUACUUUUGGAAUAGAACCUCUCAAUGAAGGACAAAGCGUGACUGAAUUAAUGGUUCGAUUAUGCGAGAAGGAAGACUUGUUGCAGCAAUUUACAACUCAGAUUGCCGAAAAGGUGCAAGAGAUCAUAAAUUUGCAUGAUGUUAUCAAAGAUCUAAGAGAUGUAAACAAUGAAAAGAAUCGAAUAAUCGAUGAUUUGAAUAAGAUGACAAGUGAGAAGGAAUGGAAUCUAGGAGAGUAUCGACAAUGGCUUACAGAUGCUAACAAUAAAAUAGACAAUCUCGAAGUAGAACUAAACGAUGUCCGAAAGAGAGAAAAGUUAAAUAGGAUUGAGUUGGACAGAUUGACCAACGAGAUAGAUGAGAAAAAUGCAAAAAUUUCGCAACUUCAUAAUAAAAUAGCCAAAAUGGAAUCGGAAGCUAUUAAUGUCCAGUAUGAGAAAGAAAUGAUAUCAGAUGAGCAUUGUUCCUUGAAACUAUCAGCAUUACGAGAGAAACUUUUGCAAAUGGAAGAAUAUGUGCAAUUCCAAGAUGAGGAAUUACGACGAUUGAAAAAGAAACACGCGGAAACGCUAACAAAUGAACAACGUGACGUAUCGCCGACAAGCACUGUCAUCCAGUCUCAUAGAAUCGAUAGCCUGUUGAUGUCAGAAGAAUAUCAAGAAUUAUCCUCAGAAUUGAUCAUUUUAAAUCGUAAGAAAUAUAAGUUGGAGGAAAAAAUGAAACGAAUGGAAAAUGACUUGCAAGAAUCGUAUGAAAAAAUUAAACACUUUGAAGAUGAGCAACGUAGAACAGGUGAAGAAAUAUGGCUUACGAAAGAACGUGUUGCAAAUCAGGAUCGUGAAUUACAUGAGUUGCAUAAUCAGUGUUCAAUGUUACGUGAUGAAAAUUUACGUUUGCAAAAUGAAUUAGAUGGGGAAAGAAAAAAGAAUACUGAAAAUGGUGGCAUUAAUGGGUCCAAAUUUGAUGAAAUGAAGCAAAUAGAGAAUACAUUAAGAGAUGAAAAGAGUAAGAUUGAAUGGCGAUUAGGUGAAGUGAUACAAUAUUGGAAUGAUGCAAAAUGGAAAAUUGGUGAAUUAGAAGCUGGUAUGGCACACAAGGAAUGGUUAUUGGAUCAAACAUAUCAAAAAAUAUACGAACUGGAUCAAAUGUAUCAUUUCCGUGAUACGACAAAAAGUGUCUUAGAUGGUGCAUUCCUGAUUAAGAAGCAACCCACUAGUAAUAGAUAUAAAUGGCGCCUUGCUAUGUGGAAUGAGAGUUCACCAGAUGAUCUGAAAGAUUACAGACGAAUAUGGUUUGAAAUCAGAGCACCAGCAGCUAAAAUUGUAUUAUUAAGCGCAAGUUUCGUUAGUUGGGAAUGCUUUUUACUGUGCCAGCAAUUGGAUAAUAAUGAUGAUAAAUUUGGUGUUUGGAUUGAUAUCCCACCGGGACGAUAUGAAUUUCUAUUUGUUGUGGAUGGACAAUGGACAAUAAGUGACAAUUAUGAAAUUUGUUGGAAUGAGUAUGGAACGCAUAAUAAUUGGCGACAUGUUGAUUAG